AUGUCGGUCCGCGUGGUUGCACGGGUGCGGCCGUUGCUGCCCAAGGAGCUGGACAAGGACGUCAUUGUCCGCGUCGACAGCACCGAAGACGGCCGCCCGCCCAAUGUCGUCAAGAUUCCGAGUCCCAAGAACGAGGCCGAGGAGUUUGCCUUUACCUUUAACGGCGUCUACGACCAGGCCACCACGCAAGAGGAGCUGUUUAACGAAGAGGUCGCUCCUCACAUCAAGUCGCUCUUCCAGGGCCUCGACAUCACCCUGUUCGCAUACGGCGUCACCGGCACCGGCAAGACGCACACCAUGCGCGGCGGCAUGAAGCUGGCCGACCGCGGCGUCAUCCCGCGCAUUCUGAGCCACGUGUUCCGCCGGGGCAAGAAGCUUGCCAAGGACUCGGACGGGCUGGUCGACGUCGACGUGGCGCUGUCGUACUACGAAAUCUACAACGACAAGGUCUACGACCUGCUGGAGCCGCCCGAGAAGCGCACGCCGACGGGGCUGCCGCUGCGCGAAAAGGACAACAAGACGUACGUCGUGGGCCUGUCCGAGCAGCGCUGCGGCGACCUGCGCGACUUUGAGCGCCUCUACAUUGCCGCCAACCAGAACCGCGUCACCGCCGCGACCAAGCUCAAUGCCCACAGCUCGCGCAGCCACGCCAUCCUGCGCGUCAAGCUGACCCAGACGACGCGCUCCGACGACGGCUCCGGCGCCGUCGUGGCCGUCCGCGAGAGCACCGCGUCCGCCAUUGACCUGGCCGGCUCCGAGGACAACCGCCGCACCGACAACGGCCGCGAGCGCCUGGUCGAGUCGGCCGCCAUCAACAAGAGCCUGUUUGUGCUGAGCCAGUGCGUCGACGCCAUUGCCCGCGGCGAGAAGCGCAUCCCCUACCGCGAGUCCAAGAUGACGCGCAUCCUGUCGCUGGGCCAGAACAACGGCAUCACCGUCAUGAUCCUGAACCUGGCCCCCGUCCGCAGCUACCACCUCGACACCCUGAGCAGCCUGACCGUCAGCUCGCGCGCCAAGCGCAUCGAGGUCCGCGAGAUUGAGAACGAGGUCGUCUUCAAGCAGCUGCCGCGCUCCCUGGCCGCGUCGUCCUCUACCACGCCGUCGUCUCUCACCGGCAGCGCCGCCAGCUCCACCAUGUCGCUUGUCUCCUCGGCGGCGUCCACGGCGGCGUCCUCUGUUUCGUCUUCAACAAGUGGGUCUGGCCUGGCCCGUCAACCGCUGCGUGCGUUGACGAGCAACACGCACAACAUCCAGACGGGCAAUGCGGCCGCCCGGGCCGCGGCCGACAAGCCUGCGAAAGCGUUUAUGGUGUAUACUGACCACGCUGUAGCGAAACCGCCGCCUCCCCCGUCGUCGACAGCCACACCAUCCGCAACACGACCCAGUCUGCCCACAUCCAACACGGCGUCGUCCCUCUCCUCCGUGUCGUCCCGCAUGGGGCCUCUCUCCAGCCUGUCGAGCGGGCGCCCGUCUCUCGCAACGUCCAAGAUUGGUGCCGCCAAGGCGCGGCCGUCAGAGGCCGCCGAGUCCAGAACGGCAGACACCCGCACCUCGAAGUUGGCACGGCCGUCGAUCCACCCCUACUCGGCAUCCAACCUUGCGCGACCCGCACCGCCACCGGCCGCCGUUUCGGCAUCGACGCCCAUGUUUUCGGCCGAGCAGAUCGAGGCCAUUAUCGAGCGCAAGGUGGCCGAGGCCUUGGCCGCGCGCGACCAAGAAGAGCAGCAGCAGCAGCAGCUACGACAGGAGAUGGCCAACAACAACACCAACACGAUGACCUUGGCUGCCGGCAUGUUGGCCGCCACGGCCGGCAGCGCGCAGAGUGGCGACCUGCUGAGCAGCGAAGCGGUCCAGAAACGCCUCGAGGCCCUCGAGCGCCGCAUCGAGGACAGCAAUGCGGCGGCGGCGCGCAGCGAAGACGACCCCCGCACCGAAGGGCUUCGCUUCCUGCUGCUCGCCCGCCAGCACAAGGAAGUCGGCGACGACGCCGUCGCGCUGCACUACUACGAGCAGGCCCUGCCCUACUUCCCGGGCCAGGCCAAGCUGCUGUCCAAGAUUGCCAAGCUCCAGGCCAAGAUGGCCCGCCGGGAGUCGAGCUCGCCGCGCAAGAUGGCUCGGCAGCAGCAGCAGCAGCAAUUCGACCAACAACAACCGCACAAGCGCAAGCGGGCCGUGACGGCUGCCUCGACCGUCCUCACGACCCCGACGACGCCCACGUUCCGGCGCAUUGGUCGCAUGGGCGCCCGCGCGGCCUCCGCGAGCGAUAUUCCCGCCACGGUCGAUGUCGAUGUGGCGGGCGAACACGACGUGGACCACGAGGGCGACGCUGACGCUGACGCCGACGCCGACGCGGAAGAGGACGACGACGACCUGCCGGCCCCGGUCCCGGCCCUCAACUACGCCAGCGCCCCCGAAAAGUCCGUCUACUACUACUCGCCCUCGCCCCGCCGCCGUGCGGGCCUGACGGGCAGCCGCUCUGGCAGCCUCUCGGGCCGCGGUCUGUCCGGCCGGAAGGCAGCCAAGACGUCCCUGUCCAGCGGCCCCGGCUCCUCCAGCCCCCACGGCGACGGUGACGGCGCCGACGCAGACGACGAGUCCCGCAGCCGGGCCAUGACCAUGGCCGCCAUGACCCCGCGCAAAAAGAAGCUGCUCGACAUUGUCAACUCGCGCGACGUCGCGCGCAUCCGCGGGCUGCAGGGCAUGAGCGCGCGCACGGCCCGCGGCCUCGUGGCCUACCUGGAACGCGGCGGCGGGCUGGCGGGCGCCGAGCUGACCAGCGAGGACGACGACAGCGAGGGCAGCAACGAGAACAAUGACAACAACAACGACGAGGACGAUGACGUGGCCGACGCCGAGACAAUGAGCCGGUCCGCCACGCCGGUCCACCACAUUGCGUCGCUGGCCCAGCUGCGCAACGUGCCGGGCGUCGGGGCCGAGACGGUCGAGCGGGCCUACGAGGGGCUGCUUGCGAUGGCCAUCUAG